GUUUUAACAGUUUAAAGUUCAAAAACACGCAUCGAUAUUUACCAAAAAUUAUUGGAAAAUUUCCUCUGCUUGUCCAGUCUAACCAUGACGAGAAGGUUCGACGCAGUGAUUUUUGGAGCUAGUGGAUUUACAGGACAGUUUGUUGUGCAAGAGUUUGCCAAACAAAACAAGAAAAGUCUUCGCUGGGCCGUGGCUGGAAGGAACAAAGAUAAACUGCAAAAUGUACUCAACGAAACAACGAAAGUUUUAGGUGAUGAUUAUUCUGGCAUAGAUAUUCUUAUUGCUGAUGUGAAUGAUGAAGAAUCAUUGAUGUUGAUGUGCUCACAAGCUCAUUUAGUCUUGAAUUGUGUAGGACCUUAUCGAUUUUUUGGUGAGCCUGUUGUGAAAGCAUGUGUUGAAAAUGAUUGUCAUCAUAUUGACGUCAGUGGUGAACCAGAGUUUCUAGAAACAAUGCAAUAUAAAUAUGAUGAAAAAGCUAGAGAAUCAAAGAUAUUUGUGAUUGGUACUUGUGGUUUUGACAGCAUCCCUGCAGACAUGGGAAUAAUUUAUGCACAAAAACAUUUCCCAGGUCAAUUGUGUCAUGUUGAAAGUUUUCUCACAGUCAGUGCUGGAGACAAGGGUAUGAGUGGACAUUUUGGUACAUAUCAAUCUAUCAUUUACGGAAUCGCGAGUGAGAGAGAAGGCAACCUGAAGAAAUUGAGAAAGCAACUUUUCACAACUCCAAUGCCGAGGGUUGGUCCCAAAUUAAAAAUGAGGUUCUGUGUUUUAUGGCAAAGAGUUGCAAAAUGGUCCUUACCAUUCCUUGGAGCGGAUCCUUCCGUUGUACGACGAACACAACGCUACAGAAAUGAUGAGUUGAAGAAAGCACCUUUACAAUACGCGGCCUACUUUACUAUGCCAUCUCUCGUCUAUGUUGUCUUGUUGUUUUUCUUUGGCCUUGUUUUUUUCAUACUAGCAUCUUUUCAAAGUGGUCGAAAACUUUUGGAAAAGUAUCCGAAGUUAUUCUCGUUUGGUUUGUUUUCACAUGAAGGACCAACGAUAGAACAGAUGAAAAAUACUGGUUUUGCCAUGACAUUUUAUGGAAAAGGUUUCAGCAAAGAACACGAAGGAGAGAUUGGCUCCGAGUCGAAGAUGGAUAAAAUAAUCGUCACUCGUGUUUUUGGUCCAGAGCCGGGCUAUAUGACCACGCCCAUCUGCAUGGUUCAAGCCGCUAUGGUGAUAUUAACUGAAAGAGAAGCUAUGCCAGAAAGUGGAGGUGUUUUGACACCUGGCGCCGCCUUCGCUGAAACGACGUUGAUUGAAAGGUUGGAUUCAAAUGGCGUUCGUUUUGUCACCGUCAAAGAUGCAACGAACAUUAAGUUGAACGUAAAUGUAGAAUGAUAAUUGGUAUAGUGACUAGUCAUCAAAUAGAGACGGUAAAACGAUGAUUGUAAAUCUUAUGAAGGUCAUCUUGUGUUGUUAGACUUGUUGUCUCAAGCCUUUGUUAUAAUGAUUUCGUCAGUUCAUAUUAAAGAAUGACGUAUUAUGUUGUC